AGAGAUUUUCCGUUGAAGAGAUUGCCAUAUUUUGACGGAAAAUUCCAUACACAAGGUACUUAAUAAUAAUAAUAAAAAAACGGAAGGAAAAGAAAGAAAAAUAACAAUUACGAGACACUCAUAAAUGUCAAUUAGAUGGAUUGCAGAGACAGGUCUUGAAGAAGAAUUCGGCUACUUGUAAUAAUGUUUUGUUUUCCUUAUCAUAUAUUACUACAAUUAUAUAUACCUUUCAGCUUAAGGCUUACUUGAAUGCGAGGGCUCUACUUCAACCUAAAAAUUUUAAUUUGAAUACAUUAUAGUUAUUGAUUUUUCCUCUCUAUAAGAGGCGUUAAGAAAAAUUGAUUUUUUGCAAUUAAUUGGUGUAAAUUUUUUUUAAAUGGUUUGACUGACCGUGAACUUUCUCUUGAUUAUUUCCCGACUGAAAGUUUGUUCUUAAAGGAUGAGGGAUUUUUUCAUGAAAAGGUUCACAAUACGACUCAAAAUUGUAUUUUAGAAAACGAGGAUAUCACCAUGGGAAUUUGGUUCGCCAAACUUGCGGGCCAUACAGUUGACGCUUCACGAUCAUUGAAGAACCCACACGUGGUAGCCUCAUACGCCCUGUUUUUUGGUUUCAUCGGGUUCAUUUUAUUGGUGUGGAUCAGUGCGUUUGUUUUGACCAUUGCGAGAAUUUGCAAAAAGUAUUCAAAUGCAAGGAAGCACGACGAAACGCAUCGUACGGUAAGAAAGUUAAGCCUUUGAAGGUUUGUAAAUCAAACACAAUGCUGGUUGACAAAAAAACUUGAUUUUCCAGUAAGGAAGGCCUUACACCAACGUUUGGGGGCAUUCCACGGAAUUGGGAGACUCGAGGAUGAAUAGGCGAAAUAGAUUACCUAAAUUUUGUCGCUUGUGGUAUUCACCAGUUUAAAACUCUUCAAAGAAAGAAAACAACAAAACAUACCAAACCGAAAACAAUGAAAAAAUAAAUAAAUAAAUAAAUGAAUAAACAAAUCUAGAACAAGGACAAUAACAACAAAUUCUACUCUCUCUCCCCCAUAAAAAAAUAGAUAAUCAAAUAAUCAAAAAGACAAACAAACUAAGAAAAAACACUAGGAUAGGAAAAAUUGCACAAGCCCGGGAAACACAGAAAAAUGAAAUGAACCUAAUUUUCUUUCUACAGUUUCGUUUUCAUCUUCUAUGAUCUAUGUAUUUAUACAGACAACAAUUGACCUCCAAGUCGUAAAGAAAGUUGUCGGAGACGUAAGAGGCUAUCAGAGCUAUCAGCAGGCAGAUAUUGAAAGCGUGGAAUUGUUAGGUCAGUGAAAGAAAUGGUUUUGAAACAUAAAAACUCCUUUUUUUUCCUAUUAGGAGCUUCAAUUCUUUGUCAAUUCUUAACGAAUCGAUGCUUUUCGCACAUGUACCAUUGCCCUUUAAAUAGAAAUUUCUCAGUUCCUUUCAUGGGAAUAGCUAUUGGGGAACGAAGUAAAGAAUGUCAUAUAUAUAUUUUCCAACCAAAGCAAGCAGCGAUAUAACGGGUACAAAUGGUUUUGUUGUAUUGAAACACUAGUCAUGCGAUUGUCAUAUAUCUCAGAAAAAGGAAAUGCCUAAUUAAACCUUUUUUUUUUAAAUUUUCUUUUAUAUAUCAUGUUAUGCAGGAGAUAAUCUCUUGUCUUACCAUAGCAGAAAUACAGCUUCUUCAAAGAACUUGAUUUCAUCUUUACGUGCUACUAACUUAAUAACGAGUUCGAGGAUUAAACGACAAUUAAACGACACCUUUCUCUAUCCUUUGUAAUGAAGAAUUGGGUCUCUGAGCUCGUUACUGAGUUACAAGCAAGUCACUAUUGCAACUGUUUCAUACGAUACUCUCUACCGAAGCCCUAAGACUCAAAAAACCUUAAGAGGCUCUUUAAGCUAUCAACAAGAUAUCAGAUUGCUGCGAAGAUAUGGUCUUUUUGGCGAUCACUGAGAAAGUUUGAAAUGAAAAGUUGUUGAAACUAGGUUUUUUAAUUCUUGAGCAUGUUAUUCCAUUCGACCGACAAUACUCCGUUUUUUCUUCAGGGGUGUCGAGCGAAACACCAGCCAAGUUAGGAAUCCAGUUAACUGGUGGGCCUAACGUUACCAGAAAUGGCGAACAAGGAAUAUUUGUAGAGAAUGUUAACUGGGGCAGUGUCGCUGAAGGAAAACUGUUCCCUGGAGACAAGAUAAUAGCGGUAGUGCGAAACUCUUUUCAGUCCGCUUCAUAAAGAAAGAAAGAAAGAAAGAAAGAAAGAAAGAAAGAAAGAAAAACAAAAAAAAACCAGAAAAACAAAGAAAAGAAAAGAUAUAUAUGAAAUAGGGAAAAUAAUAAUUAUGAAAAAAAGGGAAAAAAACAAAAAAGGAAUCCUUUUCCAUUUAGAUCAACGAUGUUUACCUGGGAAAAGUAUCUGUAAAGUACGCAAUGGAAGCGAUGCAUGCUAUGAAGCGAGCAGAGGGUCAUUUGACAAUCUCAGUCAAGAGAGCCCAACUUAGAGAGGUAUGUUUUAAACGUUAAACACCCAGGAUUGAUUGGUAUGUAACUUCUUAAACUAUCUGAAAUACGGACAAAAUUUAAAAAAUAUAAGAGAACAAGGUUCCGGGAAACGUUUAGUGAUAAUUGAAAAAUCAUACAGUACCAAUGUAAUUAUAUGGUAAAGCUGCUAUCUUAACCUAGCACCAACUUCAGACUUUUUUAAGAAUGGCAAAAUAAUCAGCGAAUUUUUUUUUCGGUUCUCGGUGAGAAUAAAGUACGUAUCCGCCCAUGUAUAAAUCGUCAUAAGCGAUAAUAGACUUCAUGGUGGAAAAUGCACAGGAACGUUGAUUUAAGAAAAGGAAGGAUCUAAAAAUAUCUACAUCCAUAAAAGCUUUCGCGCAGUAUAUGGCCCAUGUUAACGGCAAUUUUCAUUCAGAUGACCUGUAAUAUCUUUCAGCAAAGGGUCAACGAAGCAUUUUCAAUGUACUGCGACGAUGAAGAUAGAGAAAAGCCAUUUGUAUUCAAUAAGGAACAGGUGGAAGGUAGGAGAUUUUUUUCCGCGCGCCCGAGAGAAAUGCCCGAAAGAAGGUACCUGAUUGGAGAAUGCAUUCUACUCUUUGUUACAACAAAUCGAAAUCUUCUUAUCCUUAGUAUAAUUCACCCUAAAUGCGCUGUUUUUUUUUAUGACAGAGGUGGUCGAUACAAUCAUUUAUUAUAAUCAUUAUUAUUGUUAUUUUUAUUAUUUUUAUCAUGAUUAUUAUAAAUAAAAAGAAAUAAAAAACUAAAUUGUUUGACAAGGAUUUACAGAUGUGAGGAUCCGUAAAUGUACGAAAGUAAAAUUACGAUGAUUUUUAGUGGUUUAAAUAUCGCCAACCAGCUACUAACUCGUUAAUCGCCUUUUGCGCCACUGUGGUAGGUUGAUGAAUGAAUAAUAAACAUGUCAGUAAAGGCCUAUAAUGUUAAUAUGAUAUACGUUGCUCGUGUUCAACUCGAUAUUUCAUUUGUUCACCGCGUGCACUCGUGAAAUAUCGACUUGAAAACUCGAAUAGAAAUUCCAUAGUUACUUGCGCCCAUGUAUUACUCUCUAAUUAAUUAACUCUAAUGCAUCAACGCAUUCACUAAAGCAACGUACUGGUCUGUUUUUGCGUUAUAUCUCCUGUCAAAAAAAAAAUGAGAUAGCGAUGACCAUCUCCAAUAUCUUUCUUGUCUAACUAUAAUCUUAUCGCAAAAAGAAACAGUAGUUGCAGUUUGAGUACUGUAAACUUAUGUUCAUUUAUUUGUUUUUGUUCUUGCAGUCUUCGAAGAAGCGUUCUCUAUGUUUGACGCGAAUGGUUCUGGUGUGAUUCAUUGUAAACACUUUUUUCCGCUACUCCGAGACUUAGGCUACAACGUUCACAAAGAACAAGCUUGGUACUACAUGAAUAAAUUGGAAUUAUCAGGUUUGUCACGUGAUUUUCGAAAAAAAGACCUAAAAACAAACGUUAUACUGUCUAUUGAUAACAUUCCUUUAACAUUGAGAUAUCCUAUUUGAUAUCUCAAGGAAUUGGACAAAAUGUGAUGCACUUCCAUUGGAAUGUUCAAACAACACUGAGCUGAAAACAAUUAACGUUGCACACAUAGGAUGUUAAUUUGUUAUUCAAAUUUUUAUGCCACAGUCGAGAAAGGUAUCUAUCUGCGAUAAGUACAUUCUCAUCGAAGUUACAAGAUCUGAUGUAUUUACUUCACUAACUUAUUCAAGAUCUGCAUUUUCAAUGUCGUUUCAGACAAGCGAAUGAUAACCCUGAAUGAAGUGAUACAGUUACUGGAAGAAGUCACAGCAGAGCAGAAGGAGUUAAACGAGGUGCAUUCUGUUUACAGCGUGUUCGACCCGGAACAGAAGGGUCGUGUGGCUCUCUGUGAAAUACAUGAUGCUCUGAGCACAUUGUACGGGCAAAAAAUAACCGAGGAAGAAGUAACGGGAAUACUUACUUUUGCAGACGAAGAGAAUAACGGUUUUUGUAGAGAACAAGGUGCGAGACGAACAUUUAAAAUGAUAAAGUUGCCAAUGUUGCAAAAUGAUAGCGAUGAAUGAGGAAAAAUUUAAAAACUGGUACUGAAAGUUUGGGAUUUUUUUUCCUUAUUUAUUGCUGGAGGAGAACCAGCAAACUUUAAAAUCUCAGGAAGUUAUGUUCAAGCAGUUUGCCCCCGAGUACGCCAAAGUUGAAGGACCAUAUUGUCUCUUUGACUUCAACAUAUCCUUUUUGGCUUGCAUUUUCAAGUUUUCAUGAUGACUAGGGGUUUGACAAUAUCUUUUGGCCGCUUUCAUCUAUGAAAUAUUACUGGCCUUCACUCUAAACAUUCAUUCACAUAUUCAUUUGUUUAUCCGCGUACAGAUUUUGAAAGGCUGCUUCUACCUUCACUAAAACUUUAUUAGAAUCUCUGAAGAUUUUUAAAAGAAGAAGAAGUGGGUCGAGCUAUUCUUGCGCAGAAGCGAACACAAGGGCGAGACUGGCUUUGGGGAUCAAUUUCCCGCCUCUCUCUUGCAGCAAGGAAAAGAAUGAACUACAUACGUUGUAAACUAUGCUUCGAUGGACCCAUGAUAAAAUAACGUUGAAACAGUAGCUAUUAGAAGCUUCUUACCAGCUAAACAAAUCCGAUUUUAUAAAGUGUGCGUUCUCUGAAAUUCUUGAAAAGUCAACAAGCGAAAAAAAAUGUAUUAAUCAACCAGAGCCAUACCACUUUAUCUUUUUCAUUAUUUUGAUAGAUUAUUAAUUUUUUUUGUAGUUAUAAGACGUGGUUACCAUCAUAUUUGUAUAACAAUAUUUCAACAUAAGAAAAAUUAUAUUUGGACUCACCAUUCCAAAAAUAAUAAUUUCAGUAAUUGAAAAGAAAAAAAAUUUUAAAAUAAGAAAAUGUAACACUUGGUUUAUGAUAUCAGUUACAUUGUUUAAAGCAUUUUCAUUUCCUCUUGCAGCGUUGUUCCUGAAAUUUCCCCUCUUGUUUAUUUAGAGCAUUGCGCUGUUUUUCAGUCUUAAUUGAAGUUGAUAAAACCAUAACAAAAUAUAUCUUUCCUAAUCUUACUUAUUUCACCAAAUUUAUAUAAACCAUAGAGAUUUGGUAGUAAGUGCUAUGAGUACAUAAUUUCUGUGAGAUACAUGUACUUUUAAAGCUGAAAUGUAAUGUAUGAGGGCAUGAAACAUAUUGAUAUAUUUCAUGUCAUCUCAAAUAUGAGGCAGAAAUCAUAUCGUAAGUCGUUUUUGUUUGCCACUCACACAUACAUGAAUUUUCAGUUAUUCAAAUUGUUUCAAAGGUCGCCCGAACAUUGUUAAAAGAAAAUAUUCCUUACGUCAUUUAACUCUAAAUUAAGUUCAGAGCGAAAAAAAUUAUUCGUAAAUUACACCACACAAAAGUAAUUCAGAAUAUUUGGUUUUUGAAUUGUCAUUUUUGCCAGGUUACUUCGGAACGAAUGUCAAUUAUUUCUGUUUAUACUUAUUUCUACUGUUAAAUUUUUUUAUUUCACAUGAGGGCGGACUCUCGAAAAGGAAUUACAAGCAAUCUAACGAUAAAUUAUCCUUCAAUUCACCACUGUUUUUGAUCCUAAAAAUCGAUGUAUUUAGCUCAAAGAAAGGUAUCUGUCUUUUGAUUUUUUUUUGUCGAAGUUUAACAGGAAACACCGCCCAGAGCAAACAAAUGAUACUGAAUGCAUUUGUGUUUUGCCAAUUUGAUUCCACUUUGAAGUUUGCCGUUCUGUCACUCAACAUGAACAUUUCCCCGCCUAAAGUACUUGUUUAUUGUCUAAUACUAACUACGUCCCCCACUUCAUAAGUUCGUAGCCAAUAAAAUUAAAAGCAACACCACCUGCCAGUUAAAACUUUAAAAUGGAAACUCUAGUAACGAGGUUAUUUCAAAAGGCUUUCUCGAACCCUCUGAGGACAAAAUGAAGUUAAUAGAGCUCUUAUAUGAUCAGUGCGUUUGAAAUAACCUCCUUUACCCUUUAAAUUUUCGCGUAAGGGAAGUUAAAAAGCAAUUUUCAAAUUUAAACUAAUUCCUGCCAUUCCUGUGUGUAUUAGAAAUCCGUAGAAAUAAUGAGAGGAAGUUUAAUUUUGGUGAUACUUCAUUUGGAAGUGACGAUAGUUGUAUUCAUAUGGAAAAACAAUUUUAAUGAACUUAAUGAGAUACACCUGGAUAAAUGCUCAUUUGGUUUGCUGGACGACGGUCAGUGUUUGUACUUAAAUGUAGCCACGAAGAUCUCAACAUUGCCGUCAACACAUUAUAAAAGGAUUGUUCGAAAAAUCGUAAGGUAGUUCCUCAGAAGAAUUUUUGUAGCCAUGGGUAAUCCCAGUUAAGUCUUGCUUCGAGUGUCUUUCUCAAGCGUACAAGAGCGGAAGAGAAACAGCCUUUAAUAUUGUUGGUAUUGAAGAUUUCAAGAAUAUCAUUUCGAAGGUAAACUGAUGUAUAAUACUCACUGAAAUCAAGUGCACGCAGCCAGGAUUUUAUGCUCAGAAGUCUUCCCAGCUGAGAAAUGUCAAGAUAGAUACAUGAAUAAUUUUCCAUAAUAUUCCACGGAAAAACAAAAUACAUUUUGAAACUGCUCUUCUACAAAAUGAUAAUUGAAUGCAAAAGAAAAUAUAUAUUUUCAAAAUUUUUUUUUCUGGACAAAUACCAAAUGCUUGUCCUAACCAAGGACAUCUAUAGAUCAAUGCAUUUACGAAAUAAAAAAAAUCGAAUGCAAUUUACUGGCCUAAAAUCUACUUUAAAAUUAAAGUUUAUACUUCCCAUUUGUUUUUUCUUUUAUUUUUAUUUUUGAAAAAAUUAAAAUAAAUGUUACUUUAUUCAAAGCGAAAUAAUCAAGUACUCUUUUCGCAUGAGACAUAACGUCAUAUUUAACUGGCUGCAGUCAGAAGCCGCCUAACCGCAAAUCCGAAAUUGUAUGUAUUUAUUUUGGCAGGACGCCGUUUUAAUGAGUUUCUUGUCAGUCAAAACAGUUUAUCUGGAUUCUAAAGAGUGUUUAGAAGACAAAACAACUCAACCGCACGGAAUCGAACAUGAAGAGGGAAAUUUUAGCUCGAAAGAUUUGAAAGCAAAAGCAAAUAAUGACAAGGAAAUCAAGCAAGAAGACGAAAGUUAUAAGCCAGUGACAGGAAGUAAUGACUGGCGAUUUCCGACAAAGGAAAAAAGUAAGGGAAAGUCUAUGAUGAUUUCGCCAGUAUCAGCGAACUCUUCGACGCUGAUUGCGAUAGGCAAGGGAGAUGGAAAGACCAGAAAGAUCGAGAGCGAAAUGUUUAUGUUAAAGCGUUCAAGUUCGGCACCGAAUUGUUCCUACAAGCGGGCGAAAGUAACUAAACAAAAGUUUCGACUUCCUUGCAUUCCCGAUCUACAAGCAUUGUCAAUCAACGGGGAGCACCCAAUUAAAGCGCUCUUCGUGGAGGGUAAAAAGCUUGGAUCCGCGAGGAGGACGGGUAUUUCACCAGAUGCCCAUGAUAAGAAUCAAGAAUUGCCGAAAACUCACCCAAAAAGAAUCAUAAACAACAACAUUGAUAAUCUUGCAAGAAAACCAAUUCCCGGUAUUGUAAUCGACGGCAAGAAAGAACGUCACCAUGGAGACUGGUACGAAGAUGCACUGCCAGCCAUUAACAAAGCUGAUUUGCGCGUCAAGUCAGCUUAUACCAGCUCGAGCAAAGUUUUUAACACUUACUUACAAUCAAGAUUUGGUAAAAGCGUUUACAGAGGCAGUUUCAGGAAAACUGGCACCAGCGGUGACAAAACUUUUCAAGUUUAUUGGGCGCCAGUAUUGAUAAAGAAAAAAGUUUUAAACUACCGCACUACUCCCUCUAACUGCUCUCAAGAAAACGGUGGUGAAGCGAUUGCUGUGGAGGAGGUCAGCAGCAAGCAGAGG